CUCCCACCGACGUGUUCUCUUGUACAAACACACGUGGAUUUCCACUGACGCCAGGCAGAAACAACAAUAACAUGGCAAGCCACGGGCUCAUGUACGACGGCUGCAAUUUCUUCAGACAGCGGCUGGUUUUGUCUACACUAAGUGGAAAGCGAGUUAAAAUAAAAAACAUAAGGUCUAAAGAUGACAACCCGGGUCUCCGCGAUUUUGAGGCCAGCUUCAUCAGACUGCUAGACAAAGUGACCAAUGGCUCCAGAAUAGAAAUCAACCAAACAGGUACGGUGUUAUUCUAUCAGCCCGGCUUGUUGUUUGGUGGUGCGGUAGAACAUGACUGUAACACGCAGCGCUCAAUUGGCUACUACCUGGAAGCCUUGCUCAUGCUGGCUCCAUUCAUGAAGACUUCCCUGAAGGCCACGCUGAAGGGGGUCACCAACGACCCUGCUGACCCAACAGUUGACAUGCUGAAGACCACCGCCCUCCCUGUGAUGAAGAAGUUUGGCAUUGAUGGAGAGGGCUUUGAUCUCAAGGUGGUGAAGAGGGGUAUGGCACCUGGUGGAGGAGGGGAGGUGGUAUUCACAUGUCCUGUGCGCAGGAUCAUCAGGCCGGUUCAGCUGACUGACCCCGGAAAGAUCAAGAGGAUCAGAGGAGUGGCAUACUCUGUGCGAGUGUCCCCUCAGAUGGCCAACAGGAUAGUGGACUCAGCCAGGAGCGUGCUAAACAAAUUCAUUCCAGACAUUUACAUCCACACGGACCACAUGAAAGGACCCAACUCUGGAAAGUCUCCAGGUUUUGGGCUGACUCUGGUGGCAGAAACUCUGAACGGCUGCUUCCUAAGUGCUGAGAUGUCAUCUAUGCCACAGGGGCAAGGAGACACUGUACUACCAGAGGACCUCGGCAGGAACUGUGCCAAACUGCUUUUGGAAGAGAUACACCGGGGUGGCUGUGUGGAUUCGUCCAAUCAAAGUCUGGCGCUGCUCUUGAUGACCCUUGGCCAACAGGACGUGUCAAAAGUUUUGCUUGGACCGCUCUCCCCGUACACGAUCGAGUUCCUCAGACACAUUAAAGAUUUCUUCCAGAUCAUGUUCAAGAUCGAGGUUCAGACGCCUUUAGAAGACGAGAGUAAAGGUGGUGACAAGGUCCUGAUGACCUGUGUAGGAGUCGGUUACAGCAACAUCAACAAAACCCUGAAAUAAACUGGUUUUUUAAUAAUUCAAA